GUUUCCCUCCCGAGCUGCACACACGCGAGCACGCGCCCGCACUGUUCGCUCGCUCCCCAUCUCCACACCCGCCGCUCUCCACAGUGCUGCUAUCGAGACGUCUUUCUCCGAUUGCGGAGGCGUUUCUUUCCUUCUUCGCCGGCGGCGGCAUGGACUGGGCAGCGGCGUCCGGGUCUCCGUCGUGGGGCGCGGCGGCGACGGACCCCGGUCCGACCAUGCUGUCCUUCGCAGGCCCGUCCUCCUCCGCCGCCGACGCCGAGGUGCGGCUCCAGGAUUUCGCCGCGGGUCUUGCCCAGAGCUCGCGGCCGACUGGGGCGGCGCCGGGAGCCGGGAGGAGGUCCCGCGCGGCCGUGGGAGGUGCCGGCGCGGAGGCGUGCUCCGUCGACGGCUGCCGCUCUGAUCUCAGCCGGUGCCGCGAGUACCACCGGCGGCAUAAGGUCUGUGAGGCACACUCCAAGGCGCCGGUGGUGGUCGUCGGCGGACAGGAGCGGCGCUUCUGCCAGCAAUGCAGCCGGUUUCACAUGCUGUCCGAGUUUGACGAGGAAAAAAGAAGUUGCCGGAAGCGUCUGGAUGGCCAUAAUAGGCGUCGAAGAAAGCCACAGCAUGAUCUGACAAAUCUAGGGGGUUUCUUUCCAUACCACCAAGUGAAUCAGUUUGAGUUCUACCCACAAACAAUUCCAACAGUUGGCCAGAAUUCGGACGCCGUGCACUUGGUGGGCCGUCAGCAGCCUUUCUCCAUAUCGUUCUCAAGAACACCAGACGAGUUCCCUUUCCCACAGGGUGGCGGUAGCAGUGUGCUGCACCACCUCCAUGCAGCCCGCCCUGGCCAUCACGCUGAAGGCAGCAGCCACACUGGAAGCAGCACACGCGACAACGCUCUCUCCGGCACACUGGGCCCCGAGUGUGCUCUCUCUCUUCUGUCAUCGUCGCUGCGUCGCCCCUCAACUGCUGGCGUCCCCGCCGUUGGCCAACCCCAGGUUACUGCCUCUUCGACCACUGCCGUGUCGCAGGCUGCAACGGCAGCUGUGGCCACUGCUGCAUUCGCGGCCAGUGCUGGCCACCAUGUGUUUGUUCCUGAUGCUAUGUUUGAGGAUCCAUCACAGGCACUGCCAUUCUCUUGGCAGUAGGAUUGUUUUGUUGUCCUGUUUUUAUGUGCUCCUGUUGUGUUCUCGAUCGAUACUCUAGUGUCUGAUGGCUGGGAAUUCGGGGUACCUGUGCACUUGCAGACUCAGGUUGUGGUCCGUCAGAGAUGUAUACAAGUGACACGACGACUAGUGCUGGCAUCUGAAAGGAAGUGGUAGCUGCUGUGCAGAGUGUUUAGCCGUUAAAUUCAAAUGCGCCCGUUCAAUUUUUUUCUUCGUUUUCCUUGUAUAUAUUUGUUUGUUUUUUUUUGGGCAAAAAUAUGUGCAUGUUAUGCACUUCUGGAA